UUUGCUGCUGCGUGCAGUCCUGUAGAUGCAUCACUUGUUGUUUCUAGAUGUAAAGAUGACAGAGGGUUUCUUUGGAAGAUUGGAUCUGCAGAGGAUGUUCAAGAGCUUCCUGGACAUAACGAUACUGUCAGCACUAUGGCUUUCAGUUCAGAUGGGAAAUUAGUGGCUUGUGGAAGUAUGGAUGGACAGAUAAAUGUAUGGAAUACAGCUACACGAACACUUCAGGGAACCCUUGAGGGAUCUGAAUCAGGCUUUGAGGUCAGAUUAAUGUGGAAGUGGGGCGCCACCGCCAACCCCUACCACCGCGGCUGCGACUACAUCACCCGCAGCCGCGACAACGACCCUUCCCAGGACAAGCCCGAGCCACCUCCAGAAAGGUUGUCUUCCUGAUGCCACCCAAGGAUAUGCCCACCUAAAUUAGGUGUUCUCCACCCAGAUGGGUUCGAGUGAUCAGGACACUGUCGCAGGGCGUGAGGAGAGCGAGGAGAUGAAGAGGGCAGAUACAUGAGGAGGAGGACCAGGGGGCAGCGUCUUUUAUAAGAGAAAUGUAUUGUAAUAGUAGGCAGUAUUAGGUAUAUCUAGGCUGUGGUGUAGUGUAAAGAUUGUAAUAGACAAAUUUAAUGUUGGUUUGGACGAAUUUCAUUUCCUCCCUAGCCUGUUUGAAAUAUUGAUUACGAAUGUGGUUUGAACACCUAAGAAAUGGCAACUUGAUAAGGGGAGCAAGUUAUGAUAUUUAUUUGACAAAAUGUGAAA